CCAAAAGUUAUGGAUGAAAUUGAGAUCCCUUCUCAUUUUCUUUGUCCAAUUUCGCUCCAACUAAUGAGAGAUCCUGUUACCAUCUCUACUGGGAUAACGUACGACAGAGAGAGUAUAGAGCAAUGGUUGUUUUCAUUCAAGAACAUGGUAUGUCCCGUAACGAAACAAGUUUUACACGAGUUAGAUCUAACCCCAAACCACACUCUUCGUCGCUUGAUCCAAGCGUGGUGCACUCUUAAUGCUUCCCAUGGAAUCGAAAGAAUCCCGACACCGAAACCUCCGAUCAACAAGACCCAGAUCGUCAAGCUCAUUCAAGAUGCGAACAAGUUCCCGGAGAUGCAAGUCCGAUGCCUUAAAAUUCUAAGAUCAAUCACACUUGAAAGCGAAAGAAAUAGAAGCUGCUUGGAAGCCGCUGGUGCUGUUGAAUUCCUGGUAUCCAUCAUCAAGAGUUACGAUUCUUCGUUGUUACUUGAAAUCGAGAGCAACGAAGGGUCUGAAGUUAUAAAAGCUGGCGACGAAGCGUUGAGCAUUCUUUAUCAUAUCAAGGUAUCCGGAAGCUGUCUAAAGAGUAUCGUUAGCAGUGAUAAUGGAUUUGUAGAGUCUUUACUGAUAAUUCUGAAAAAGGGUAGCUACCAAUCUCGUGCAUACGCCACGAUGCUGUUGAAGGAAGUUUUUGAAGUGGCGGAUCCAAUCCAUUUGAUCAGCCUCAGACCCGAAUUCUUUGCGGAAAUCGUACGCACAUUGCGAGACCAGAUCUCACUACAAGCCUCCAAGGCGGCAUUGAAACUCCUGGUGGAGCUUUGUCCCUGGGGAAGAAACAGGAUCAAGGCCGUUGAAGGAGGAGCCGUGUUCGUCAUUGUCGAGCUUCUCCUCCAAAGCUCCGACAAGAGAACUUCCGAGCUCGCAUUGGUAGUCCUUGAUCAACUGUGCGGUUGCGCAGAAGGGAGGGCGGAGUUCUUGAACCACGGGGCGGGGCUAGCAAUGGUGUCAAAGAAAAUAUUUAGGGUUUCACAUGCGGGGAGCGAGAGGGCAGUGAGGAUUCUAUUAUCGAUUUGCAGGUUUUCGGCAACAUCUAGGGUACUUCAGGAGAUGUUGCAGGUUGGUGUGGUGGCGAAACUUUGUUUGGUGCUUCAACUUGAUAGUACUUAUAAGACCAAGGAGAAAGCAAGGGAGAUACUGAAAUUGCACGCUAGGGUUUGGAGGAACCAUGCUUGUAUUCCUUCUCAUUUGUUGUCUUCUUAUCCAUCUUCUUCUUGAGAUUGAU